CAGGCCCGGGUGGGGACUCGGGGACGGGCCCUGGGCAGUGCCCGGCCCGGGAGCCGUGGAGGUGGAGCGCGCUGAUGCGGUUUGGUGGGAAGAGGUUUGGUGGGAGAACAGCGGGAGCAGUGCCAGCCUUCAGAACGGGAAGGGAGGGGAACGGGCAGGGGAACGCGUCCGCCCUCCUGACAGGACGUUGGUAAGUGUGCGGCUUUGGAACGCGCUUUCUACGUGAAAACAACGAAGGCUCAGUAGGAUCCAUUGAUGCAACUGGUAAACAUCAGUUGAGCUACUUUGCUCUCAGGUUCUUUUCCAUCAUCUUCCGUUACAUUUUUGGUCAGUUCCAGCCUCUCUGCAGACCAGGAGCUUGAGGGUGGCCUCCCUGAUUCUCCUCAGACUUGCCUGUUGUCCUGGAAACCCAUAGGCUGCUGGCCCCUUCGGUCCAUUAAGGUUGGUCAUCUCCUCUGGAGAGAUUCCGAACGAUGUCCUACGUUUUUGUAAAUGACUCCUCCCAGACAAAUGUGCCACUGCUGCAGGCUUGUAUUGAUGGAGACUUUAACUAUUCCAAACGACUGCUAGAGAGCGGUUUCGACCCAAAUAUUCGUGACAGCCGAGGCCGAACUGGCCUUCACCUUGCUGCAGCCAGAGGAAAUGUAGACAUCUGUCAGCUCUUGCACAAAUUUGGUGCUGACCUACUAGCCACUGAUUACCAAGGUAACACAGCUCUUCACCUGUGUGGGCAUGUCGAUACCAUCCAGUUCCUAGUUUCUAAUGGACUUAAAAUUGAUAUUUGCAACCAUCAAGGUGCAACACCACUUGUUCUUGCCAAACGAAGGGGUGUGAAUAAAGAUGUGAUUAGACUGCUGGAAUCCCUAGAGGAACAAGAGGUGAAAGGAUUUAACAGAGGAGCUCAUUCAAAGCUGGAAACAAUGCAGACUGCUGAAAGUGAAAGUGCAAUGGAAAGCCAUUCCCUCCUUAAUCCAAACCUGCAGCAAGGUGAAGGAGUUCUUUCCAGUUUCCGCACAACAUGGCAAGAGUUUGUGGAAGACCUGGGCUUCUGGAGAGUGCUUCUCCUCAUCAUUGUCAUUGCUCUUCUGUCGCUUGGAAUAGCCUACUAUGUUAGUGGGGUGCUUCCUUUUGUAGAGAACCAGCCUGAACUGGUGCACUGAAGCAAAUGCAAAAAAGUGCACUGUGCUUUCCCCCGUUCUAAUCUUAUUUUGAGCUUCUUGGAAUUAUUCUUCUGGUGCAGACAGUGGCAGCUGUAUAUACUGUUUGCCUUUUGUACUUACUAUUAACCCCUUUGAAAUAGGGAUUAAUUAAUUUGAAAUAAAACACUAAAUUCUAAAGCAUUCCUAAGCUACCUCUGACUUACUUUGAUUUGCAAGCAAGAUGUGAAGAUAACCCUCUCUGAUAAAAUAUUAUAUUUAGAAAAGGCCUUUCAUAAUGAAUGUUAAAUUCCUGGGUAUCAAAAAUAUAUCCUAGUACAGAACAAAAUUUGUUCUAUUUUCCCUAUAAAGAGAGGUAAAUCUAUUGUCAGAUUUUUUUUUGUAUGUGCUUCAGUUGAAGCACAUAGAAAGAAGAUACUCUUAGGAGAAAUUUUUCUUAGAAGAGAAAUACUCUUUUAAAGGUCCUCCUCAAGAAAUCUCAAUAAUGUAAUAACACAUUCUGAUAUAUUGAUAAUAAUAAGCUGCAACUCCAUAGUUAUUUUAAUGCCUCUCCAUAGUUUUGUAUCUGCUAGUUUAUAAAAAGAAUGAGAAAUAGUUCAAGUUUUACUAUGUCUUUAAUGUAUAGACUGCUCCUUUAUUUAUUAGAUCAAUGUAGUGCAUCUUCCCCAGAUGAAUUUAAUGUUGUUAAUACCUGCCUGAAAUAAUUCUGUGGAACAAAGAUGUUUGUUGUGCUUUGGAAGUAAAGUUGUUUCAGCCGUGGGCUCAAAAUUUUGCGGUUUUGUUAAAAUGUUACUAAGCAAACCUUUCUUUCUAAGGGUGAUUAAAAAGUAAUUUGGGUGUUCUGCUGUGUUUGUAAUAAUUCUGUAAGGUCAUUGUGAAGUAUGUCGUGAAAGAUAACUUUUUCUUCCUCCUACAAGGACCAGGCUGAACUGUAUCACUUUGUUGUUUUCAUGUUUGUGGAGAGAACUUGAUUGAAUAGAAUUCCUUUCUGGAAUUGUUUUCCAUUUCAGUUGUUUUCAGACAGCACUUACAGGCUUAUGAAUUAUUUUCUGAGUAUGCAGAAUAAAAGUAUUUAAAAUAUUAAUAUUUAAGAACACUAUAUGAAAUGAAAUCUUGACCCAUUCUGUACUUUGCUGUGAAAUCCUUUGUUGUAAAUAACCUAGGGAUAUGAAUCUUCUAUGACUCCUAAAUUGUUGCUGAAUAACAUCAAACAUUUCUUAUACAGUUGAUAAGUAUUGAUAGAAGUAACCUACAUUUUUCUGUUCUGGUACCAUCUAUAUUUUUCUUUCUGGUUUAUUUGUUUGAGUUAAGAGGGUUGUUGUCUUUGUUUUGAUGUGUGACAUGGGUUUCACUGAGCUGGGCCCCAUUCUAAAUUGCAUCUGAAUGAAUCUUAGUCUGAAUUCUUAAGUUAGAGUUUAAUGAAACGAUACUUUUUUAUUUAAAACCAAAUGAGAGCAUACUUCUCUUCUGAAUAUUUCAGUUAUUGUACCAUUGUUCAGCAACAGAUAAAUAUAAAAUUGUAUACCUGAAUUACAUUUACUUGUCUAAAUAACUACAUUUCUGUAAAUAAUACUCUGUAUCUUGAAUAAUCAUGUUGUCUUUCAGUAUGUAUUAUCUGCAUAAUUUGUAAUUGUAUUCUCAGUAUGGGUGAAUGCCACAAAUAAAUAUAUGUAGGAAA